UUAAAUUGGAUGGUAAAGAAUGCAUUUAAAUUUUACAGGCUCGCAACAAACCAGCUGACGGAACCGGACACGUUAAUCAAAAAGGAACCAGUGGGCAAAAAGCACCCUUAACUGGAGGACAGAAAGGUGCGGCCGCAAAAGGAUCCGGUAAGCCGGCUCAGAAACCAAGCGCACAAAAGGGACAAGUUAAAGUAACACCAAAAGCGGCUUGUGUUAAGACCGGGAAAAAUAAAAAGAAGGGACAACGACAACAGUACGAUUUGAUUGUCACCAUCAAUUUGUCGGAAUAUGGGCUCACGGAGGAUCAAGUUGCUGAGUUCAAAGAAGCAUUUAUGCUGUUUGACAAGGAUGAAGACGGUACGAUUACCAUGGCCGAGCUGGGGGUCGUGAUGCGCUCACUGGGGCAAAGACCAUCGGAAACGGAACUUCGAGAUAUGGUGAAUGAAGUUGACCAAGAUGGGAAUGGUACUAUUGAAUUCAAUGAAUUUUUACAAAUGAUGUCGAAGAAAAUGAAAGGAGCUGACGGUGAAGCUGAAUUACGAGAAGCAUUUAGAGUAUUUGAUAAAAACAAUGAUGGGUUAAUUUCAUCAAUGGAAUUACGACAUGUAAUGACGAAUUUAGGAGAAAAAUUAUCUGAGGAAGAAGUCGAUGACAUGAUCAAAGAGGCUGAUUUGAAUGGUGAUGGAAUGGUCAAUUAUGAAGAAUUUGUGACAAUCCUGACGUCUAAGAAUUAG